GCAACCCCAACAGAUGACCUACGACGUGGCGCACAAGUCGAGCGGCGGCUUAGUAGUUUUGGCGACAUCUAGUGAUUCUAGACAUCCACCAGAAAACAUCAUUGAUGGUGACAAGAGUACAUUCUGGGUUACGACUGGUCUCUUUCCUCAAGAAUUCGUCAUCUCAUUUCAAUCUCAAAUGAUUGUCACUAACAUUCAGAUAUACUGCUUUAAUGUGAAGAAGCUGACUGUUGAAAGGAGUGUGAAAGCUGAGCCUGUGGAUUUUGAGUUAGUGUGUGAUAGAGACCUCCCAUUCACAGAAGCACAACUUCAGAAGGAAGAAAUCACAAUGGACAACGUGUCAUCGUCUCACCUUCGCUUCUCCAUCAACACAGGACACGACCACUUUGUCUCGAUUCACAGCGUCGUAGUACAAGGAAGUGGACUGCAAUAGUGUCACAAUACUCGUUUGUGUGUGUGUGUGUGAGUGUGUGUCGUUCUAAUUCAUGUACGUAUGUAUACAACCAUCUAAAGCUGUUACAAUUAUGUAUAUAAAGAUACAGUGAGCUAUGGAGCUAUUUCUUCUCUUGUUUGA